AUGCUGGGAGGGUCUGGAAUUCAAGGGCGUGGCGUGGUGCCCGCCAUUGCGCGGCAGCGAUUGGCUACUUUUUCGCGCUCCAGUCGUUCGAUGUCUUCAUUUCGUCCCCAGACUUCCGGCUUUCCUGCUCGGUAUGGGAAGUUGAACCAGUCUCUUGCGGGACGGCGUUCCUUGCGACCUGCUUCCGCUAUUCCUACGAUCUCCAGCGUGCGGUUCAACUCGUCCUCGUCCGCCUCCAACACAGUCGCCCCGGAAAAUGCGUCGGAUCUCUCUGAUCUCUCCGUCGACAAAAUCAAUUCGAUCCCCGAAAAGAUUGGAUACCUUAAAGAUGUUGGUCUCGACUACGGCUGGGGUCCGUCGAGUCUGAUGGAGUAUGUCAUUGAGCACUUCCACGUCUGGACCGGCCUCCCGUGGUGGGCCAGUAUUAUCGGCACCGGUCUCCUGGUCAGGCUUGCGCUUCUUAAGCCGAUGCUUGGAGCCGCGGAUACGUCGACGCGGUUGAACAACAUCAAGCCGGUUCUGAACCCGAUCCGAACCCAGAUGACACAGGCCAUGAGAGAAGGAAACACCACACGCGCACAGGAGCUCAAGAUGGAAAUGAGCAGGAUCCAGGAACUGCAUGGUGUCAAAGCUUACAAGUCUUUUAUUCCGUUGUUGCAGAUCCCGCUGGGAUUCGGAAUGUACCGUGUCGUCAAGGGAAUGACCUCCUUGCCGGUACCCGAAUUGCUUAACGAAAGCGUUGGUUGGAUCCAGGAUCUGACCGUUGCCGAUCCGUUCUACAUUCUCCCGGCUUGUUCGGGUCUUUUCUUGUACCUGGCCUUGAAGAGAGGAGGAGAAUCCGGUACCAACCAAUUCAUGGACUCCGCCGUCGGAAAGGCCGUUCUCCACGGUCUGCCUGCCAUCUCCUUCGCCUUCCUGGCAUUCUUCCCUAGUGCCCUCCAGCUCUACUUCGCCGCAACGGGUCUGUUUGGUUUGGGCCAGGCCUACCUACUCAGCUCGCCGGCUUUCCGAAAAUCCGCCGGGAUCGCCCUCGCCCAGCCGGUCAUGACCCCCGAGGAAGCCGAAUCGCAGCAACGGAAGGCCAUUCGAUUACUUGCCGAUCAGCUUGAGGCCAGCACCAAGGCCGCCAGCAAGGCUACGCCCGCUGUGGAGCCUAGCGCCAUCGACCGUAUGAUCGGGUCGCCCAAGUCGUACUGGAAGAACUUCCGCAAGGACAUUGAAGAUAAGAUGAGUGACAUCAGCGGCAAAGGGCCGGCGACGAAUCCCGACGGGACCCCUGCGGAGCCUCCGCGACUCAGCGAGAAGGACCGUCAACUGGCGGCCGACUACGAGAAGCGACGUCAGGAGGAAGAGGCAUGGAAGCGGGACGAGAGAAACCACGCCCGCCGUGAGGCCCAUAUGAGGGCCCUGGAGGCUCAGAAGGAGAAGGCCCGCGCGUCAUUCAAGAACGCAUCCACCAAGCAGCGGUGA